AUGCCUAGUAUCGACCCGAACAUCAUUUGCCAUCGACUCCACAUCAACCCUGCCAGCAAACCAAUAGCGCAGAAAAGAUGCAACUUCGCUCCUGAGUCGGUCGCGAUCAUUGAAGCCGAGAUCAACAAGCUCCUAGCUGCCGGCUCAUCGAAGAGGUCUCCUACUCGGAGUAGCUGGCCAACGUUGUUGUGGUGGUGA